UGAAAAAAGUGUUCGAUGGCCGAGCACGGAUGGGCAGAAGCCUUUGCAGGUAUCAGAAGUUCACAUAUCAAAUAUAUCUGCCCACAUGCACCAGUUAUGCCUGUAACAUUAAAUAUGAACAUGGCUAUGCCUUCUUGGUUUGAUAUUGUUGGACUUUCACCAGAUUCACAGGAGGAUGAACCUGGAAUUAAACAGGCAGCAGAAAAUGUAAAAGCUUUGAUAGAGCAAGAGGUGAAGAAUGGCAUUCCUUCUCACAGAAUUAUUUUGGGAGGAUUUUCUCAGGGAGGAGCUUUAUCUUUAUACACUGCUCUUACUACACAGCAGAAACUGGCAGGUGUCACUGCACUCAGCUGCUGGCUUCCGCUGCGGGCUUCGUUUCCACAGGGUCCUAUCAGUGGAGUUAAUAGAGAUAUUUCUAUUCUCCAGUGCCAUGGAGAUUGUGACCCAUUAGUUCCCCUAAUGUUUGGUUCUCUUACUGUCGAAAAGCUAAAAACAUUGGUAAAUCCAGCCAAUGUAACCUUCAAAACCUAUGAAGGCAUGAUGCACAGUUCAUGUCAACAGGAAAUGAUGGAUAUCAAGCAAUUCAUUGAUAAACUCCUACCUCCGGUUGAUUGACGUCAUUAAGAGGCCUCGUGUAGAAGUACACACCAGCAUCACUGUCGUAGAGUAUCAACCUUCUCCCAUGCCCAGUCUUGAAACUUCUGAUGUUUGCAGUGUUAAAAUGUUUUGCAAAUAUACACCAAUGACACAGACUAGAUAAUAUCUCCUUCUGGGAAAUUUAUGAUCUUUUAAGUUUCUAUACAUGUAUUUGUAUAAUAUCAUCCAGAAUAUACUAGUAUUAAAAUAGCUGAAGCAGCUAGCUCCUUUUUCCCCACAUAUAAUUCAGCAAAAUAAUAAAAUACUGUAACCAGAUUUUGUAUUACAUCAUUUGAGAAUUAUUAGUAUGCUUAAUGAAAAUUUGUUCAAGUAUAAAUGAGCAGUUAAGAUAUAAAUGAUUUGUGCAGCUCUGACUUAGUGUAAUGGACUUAUUCCAAAAUUACAUAGUCACCAUUGCAAUAUCUGUAUUUUUAUAUAUGUAUUCACAUAUAGUUAAGGGUUGUAAUACAUCAGAAUGAGAUGUUAUUACAGUAUUCCUAAUAAUAGGGAUAAUACUUCUAAGUGUCAAUAAAGAAGAAUAUUGCUCUCUUCAAUUAAUGGCCCUUUUAUUUUGGGGACCAGGCUUUUCUUCCCGAUAUCAUUUCUAUUUAAUAUUUUUUUUUCCUCUCUAGAAAAGAAAUAUGUUCUUUCUUCUUUUUCAUCCUUCAUAACAGACCAAAUAUUGCCUCCUUGCCAUGGACAUCUGCUGUCAAUACAUACUGUAAUUUGACAUUCUGAAUCACAGACAUGUUGGUAUUUAAAAUGUAUUUAUACUUCUAUAAAGAAACCAGGCAUCAUUUCAAACUUCCAAUACUAAUUUCUUAAACUGUACCUUAGUCCAAAGUUAGACCUUUAUAGUUAUCACGAUCUUCGGUCCUGGUAAUGGGAUUAAUUCUGUGCUUGUAUUUUUCUGUAACUGAAAGAAUAAUUAGGUCAUAUUCUAGUAUGUUCUGGAAUAUUUAAGACUGAUUUUAAAAACUAAUUUUAAGAUGAUUUGCUCUAAAAUGAUCUUGUAGCAUAGAGUUUUAGUUUACUUAUUUUGUAUAUAUCUUUGAAACCAACUACUGUAGGAAAUGAACAAUCCAUUAGAAAAAUUUGCUUUAAUGUUAUCUGCCAGUGGACUUAUUUGAAAUUUCCACUUUAGUCAGAUGAUUUUUUUAAAUUAGUUUUUGUGCAAACAUAAGAGUAGCAAUUAUUUGAUUUUAAAUAAAAUUUUUCAGAUUAUUGGUAAAAAUUAUAUGAAAACAAAUUAAUGGGUAAUAAAGGUUAGUCAGAACUUGAUAUAUAUAUAUGCUGUAGUUACCACAGUUUAAUAUGUAGCAAAAAUGUACACUUGAUAUUUCUGAACUAUUGUUAAAUUUUCUGUUGUAUUCCAACUAACUAAAACAAUGUUAGGAAUGCAUCUUUAUAAAUGGGUGCUAAUUGAUAAUGGAAAUAAUUUAGUAAUGGACUGUAUAGAAUGUUAAUAAUGAAGCCAUAUGUUUAUGUCUGGAUUUAAAAUUUUUAAACAAUCAUUUACUAAGUCAUGUUGCUUUACCUUGAAGAAUAUAAAUUGUUGUUUCAGUUAUACAAAUCAGCAAGAUCUAAUUUAUGGCAAGAAAUAUUCCAUUGAAAUAUUGUGCUGUAAUGUGGGAAAAUGUAAAUCUUUUUCAUGGUUUCUAUCAAUGUGAAAUAAAAUUUAAUUCUGA